GGAAAAACUAUCGAGAGUUGCUUAUAAGAGCGGUUACCGCUUAAAAGUUAACAGCACCUUUUAAUUGUUUAGUUGCAUCGUUGUAUACACUUGAAAUAGGGGUAUAUCAGGAGUGGAAAUUGCGGUAUACUAGCGGGCAGUUUUAUUGAGAUCCUAGUGCUUGACAAUUGCUUAAGAAUUGAAGCGGCGGUUAAGCGAAAGAUCGAUUAAAUAAGUAUAGUAAGAGAAUAAAUAAUCGAAUUAAAACAAGUUAAGAUGAGGAUAUUCCAUUCCAAGCAUCAGAAACUCAUUUUACAAUGUUAUCCUCCAGGGAAAGGUGUUGAUAAGAAGCCAAAUCUGUCAGAACUUAGUUAUCUUUUGUAUUAUGCAUCAACUCGUCGAAUAAAGUUAGAAAAAGUGAUGAUUUUCUUAGAUCGUAAGGCCCAAUCGGAUACUUAUAGAUCUCGUGCUGGUAACUUACAAGUCACUUUGAGUAUUGUACUGGCGCUUAUUGAAAAAUGUUAUGAUAAUUUAAAUGUUUUCGCUAGUCAUGUAUGUUCAAUUUUACUGUCGGCCUUAUCUACUAAGGAUUUAUCAUUAUCUAGGUCAUGUCUUUCUACUUAUGCAGUAUUCUGUUCCAAGUUGGACGGUGGGUUAUUUACUGGUGAUCAAGAAUUUGUUGAUUCUUUUACUAAAUUAUCGGAGUCUUUGAUUCAAACCGGUGAAUCUUCUCUGAAAGUUGAAGGACCAAAUAAGUUGGAAUGGAAAAUGAUUGCUUUAAUGGCUUCAAGACACGUUUUCGGUUGUAUAGGGUUUAAUUCAAAACUUCUGAAAAAAUUCAUUGGUUUAUGCAUUCCAAUUUUAAUUGAAAAUAUUCAUCAUAAUAAUUCAGAGAAAAACUUAUUAUCAAGACUAAAUAGUAACGUCAAUGUUGACGCUGAUGCCGAUAAUACUAAAGCUCAUAUCUUGACUAAAACUACUCUGGGUAAAAGUGUUGCUCAAGUUAAUAAAAUUAUUGAUGAGGAUUUUGAAAAUGAUUCGGUUACUCUAUCGGAUUUGAAUGAAGAAUCUUUUAGAGGCUUAAGAACGUUGUUCAAUACCUCAUUAACAAGUCAAAUCACUGAAGCAACAAAAGCCGUGGUUAAAACUCAAUCUACUCACGAUCAAAAUUGGAAAUCAACUUUUUUGGAAAUGUGUACAACUUGGAUCCCGGUUCAAUUAAGAUUUGUUACUUUAUCUACUUUAUUAUCAAAGCUUUCAACAAUCACUCAUCAAGCUUCUUCAGAGAAAUCAAAUUAUGAGGUUCAAUUACAAUACUCAAGUCAUAUUCUUGGUUUGGUUUCUUCUGACGUCAAUAUGAUUGGUUUGUCCAUUUCGGAUGUCAUUCAACAAUUAUUAUUAUUGCAAUCCCAUUUACAUUUAGUCCAAGCCGAUUAUUUAUCGGAUGAUGAAGUCUCUACUUUAUCAUUAAUCUAUUCCAAUUCAAUUUGUAAUUUAUCAAGCCAUAUAUAUUAUUAUGAUCAAGUUCCCGAUUCGCUUCAAGAAAUCUUGAUUAAAAUUGACUCUUUACUCGACUCUUUGGACUUAACUAUGGAUGAUAUCAAAGCUGAAAGAGUAACUAAACUAGUUGAUACUUUAUUAGAAAAUAUUUCAAUUUUCCUUGGUAUUUUAAAAGAUAAAUCAAGUACUAUUAAUCGUAAUCAUGCUAAUUUAGAACAUUGGGAAAUCAGUUUAGCAUUAUUGUCACCUCUUACUGAAUUUACUUCUUUAAAACAAGGUGAUAAAUAUUCAUUGACAAACGAUCAAAUUAAUUUAAUCCAACUCAAAUAUUUAAAAGUAUUCCGUUUUUUCAUUAAUAAUGAAUUAAUAAGUGCUGAUGAUGAAUUCAAAACAAAUGAUGUUCUCAGUACUGAAAAAUCAUUACCUGAUGCUUCAAAAUUUUUAUCUCCUGAUUAUAAUCAAUAUAUUUCCGAUGGGGAAAACUUUAUCAAUCAUUUAUUAGUCCAUAUAAACAGAUUUUUCGAUCAAAAAUCGGAUGACUUGAUUAGUAUUGAAUUAUCACGUUCUCUAGUUGACACUUUAAAAAAUUUGGUUUCAAUUUUAGGUAUUAACUUUAUUAGUAACUUUAUACCAUUUUUCUAUCAUUGGCAAUUAUCUUUAAAUCAAUCAUCAUAUUCACAAGUUUCUAAGACCAAAGACACUAUUGCUUAUAUUAUUAUGCAUUAUUCAACUCAAUUCUUAGGAAGUCAAUAUUCAAAACAAAUUGAACAAGAUCCAUUGAAAUCCCAAUUUUAUUCUAAUUUAUUAAUUGAUAUUCAAUAUCGUCAAUUGAACAAUUUAUGGAUUGGCGACUUGGAAGAUGAUGAGUCUCUAAAUCAAGAAAUUUUAACCAGAGGUAAUUCCAAUAGUCAUCAAGAUGAAAAUGGAGGAGUGAAAUUCAAUUCCAAUAAAAAAUCAUUACAAGAAUUUGUUACAUUGAGUCCUUUUACUGCAAGAUGGAUAAACCCUCAAAGAUUAUUAAUUUUAGAUAUGGCUAAAUUCAAAGGUCCUGAUAGACCACAUCUUGAUAUUAAUAAUUUAAAUAUUGAUGAAACAUCGGAGAUUUCAUCGGAGACUGCAGAUAUCACAGAAUCUGAUAUAUCAGCCAGAAACCAUAGUCAUUCAAAUGGUUUAGGUUUAGGUAAUGCAAAUGAUAUUACUUCAAUUCAUUCCGGCUUAAUCCAUAACCAAUAUCCUUCAUCUAAGCUCAAUGGGAAUAAUGCAAAUACUACAAUUGGGAGUGACUUUACCAAUGGCUCAAUAUUCACUCUUGAAACUAAAUAUUUCAACUCGCCAAAAGUUGCGGAUCUUAAAGAUAUAAUGAUGGAACAUAAGGGUAAUAAUAUCUUGAAGAAGCCUCUGGCUAAUUUCGCACAAAGUUCUCAUGGUAGUAAUGGUAACGGUAAUUCUAAUGGUAAUGGUAAUAUAAAUAACGGAGGAGAAUCUGUUUCUACUACUCCUGGAUCAAUUUUGUCUAAACAAAUGGCCACUGCUGAUGUUGAUUCAAUUCUUGGAGAUUUAGAUAGUGAUGAUGAUUCAGCACUCGUUGUUUAAUGGUGAUGUUUUAUUCUAUGUUUUUCCUUUUUUCUUGUUUGUUUUUCUUUCCCACAUCUUUUAUCCUAUGACGUUCAUGAAGAUGUGUUUCUUCUUUAAUUAGCAACAUUUUUGAUUGGC